CUCCGGUCAUACAUCGAAUAACAUUUGUCUAAUUGAAUUCGCACGGUUCGUGUCUAAAGGUCUAAAAAAAAUUGAACAGAAACAAAUCGGCCAAAAUGGUUAAAAUUGUUGUGAGUUUAUUGGUGGUCGCGUUAAGUGGAGUGUUUGCUGCACCAGCACCGCAAGAGGAUCCAUCGCAAAUACAAGUGGUGCGAUACGAAAACAACAACAACGACGUCGGGAAAUACACAUACACAUAUGAAUUGAGCAACGGUCAAAUACAUUCCGAAGCUGGCGCUUUAGCUGAAGUCGGCGAAGGCGACGAGAAGGUCCAAGUCAUUGUUGUGUCUGGCAGUUAUACAUUCGUUGGCCCAGACGGAAUUACAUACUGGGUCAAUUACACAGCCGAUGAAAAUGGUUACCAUCCUGUCGUCGGAACUGGUCCUGGGGGAAUUAAAGGUGGUGACACUGCAUCGCUAGAUCCCAGCGUAUUCAAAUCUUUGGUUGGUUAAUUUAACGUUUCGUUUUGUUUCGAUAAAUUAAUUAAUUUUUAGUUGAAUUUGUUAGAAUUUAAAUUGCAACAUUUUUGAUUGAAAAGAUGCUAUUUGGAAGCGUAUGCGUGUGUAGAUUGGCUGUAAAUAUGAAUGAACACAUCAGAAAGAGAAAUAAAUACAAAGUUAAGAAUU